CUUGAUCUUCCUAGUGGCGCCGCCUGGGCACUUUGAGGCACUUGUUAAUCCAAUUUAAAAAAAAAUAAAUAAAUAAAAAAGAAAAACAAAACAAAAUGCCAUCAAAUGGUCACAAAUACAGCAUCCUGCUGCCCACUUACAAUGAAAAGGACAAUUUGCCCAUUAUAAUAUGGCUAAUUGUCAAAUACAUGAAGGCCAGUGGCUACGAGUACGAAGUGAUUGUCAUAGACGAUGGCAGUCCGGAUGGCACACUAGACGUGGCUAAAGAUUUGCAGAAAAUCUAUGGCGAGGACAGGAUUGUUUUGCGACCCCGUACAGCAAAACUGGGACUUGGAACGGCUUAUAUACACGGCAUUAAACAUGCCACGGGAGACUUUAUAAUCAUAAUCGAUGCCGAUUUGAGUCAUCAUCCCAAAUUCAUUCCGGAAUUCAUUGAACUGCAGGCAAAGGGCGACUAUGACAUUGUCUCGGGCACACGUUAUGCCGGCGAUGGUGGUGUCUUUGGUUGGGAUUUCAAACGGAAGCUUAUCUCACGCGGAGCCAACUUUUUGUCACAGAUUUUGUUGCGUCCCAAUGCCAGUGAUUUGACUGGUUCGUUUCGUCUCUACAAGAAGGAUGUCCUAGAGAAAUGCAUAGCCAGUUGUGUGUCCAAGGGUUAUGUCUUUCAAAUGGAAAUGUUGGUCAGAGCUCGUCAACAUGGUUAUACCAUUGCCGAGGUCCCUAUAACAUUUGUGGAUCGCAUUUACGGGACUUCGAAAUUGGGUGGCACCGAAAUCGUGCAAUUUGCCAAGAAUUUGCUGUAUUUAUUUGCUACGACUUGAGCUGAAAUAAACUUAGAUCCUGAUAUUGAUUGUGACCCAUA